AUGAGGUAUGUUUUUGCAUUGCGUUUUUUAGGGUACACUUUACAUUUAGGUACGGAUCUGUGCUUACUUAUUAGGCUGUGGUGUAAAGGACUUAAGUAAAAAUAAUUUAAAGUACUACUUAAGUAGUUUUUUGGGGGUAUCUGUACUUUACUUUACUAUUGAUCUUUUUGACAACUUUUACUUUUACUUCACCAUAUUUAUAAAGAAAAUAAUGUACUUUUUACUCCACACAUUUUCCCUGACAUUCAAAAAUACUCGUUACAUUUUGAAUGCUUAGCAGGACAGGAAAAUGGUCAAAUUCAUGCACUUAUCAAGAGAACAUCCCUGGUCAUCCCUACUGCCUAUGAUCUGGCGGACUCACUCAACACAAAUGCGUCAUUUGUAAAUUAUGUGUGAGUGUUGGAGUGUGAAUAAAUAUAAAUAAGAAAAUAGUGCCGUCUGGUUUGCUUAAUAAUAAUUUAUAAUUUUACUUACUUAAAUUACAUUUACUUUUGAUACUACAGUAUAUUUAAAACCAAAUACUUUAAGACUUUUACUCUAUUAAGGUAUAUUAACAAUUGGGUACUUUUUCCACCACUGUUAUUAGGAAACUUGUCAUUUUAAAAGAGUAGGUUAACGGUACCUUGUUUGAUUAGUUUGAUUAUUCAAUUUUGAGAUGGUAAAGCUGACCCAAAAUCUGGUUUUAGGCUGGGGAAAUCUCAAUGUGUCUCUAACUGGCCACUCAAUGUAUCUAACUCAAUGUGUAUGUACUGUAAUGAAUAUUUACCUCCGUCUAACUCUUCCCUUUGCUUCCCCCUGCAGGUUGGAGGCCGUCAUUUCGUUAUUACAGCAAGUGAGUGGCUCUGUUUGGGCGGUGAUCUCUGUGCUGCUCAUGUUCCUGUUGACAUGGUGGGUGGCUCUCUUUACCUUCUGCAUCAUCAUUUUUCUCCUGGGAUACGUCACCUACAACAAAUCAAUUGAAUUUACCACAAGUGGACUCCAAUCAAGUUGUAGAAACAUCUCAAGGAUGAUCAAUAGAAACAGGAUGUACCUGAGUUCAAUUUCGAGUCUCAUAGCAAAGGGUCUGAAUACUUAUGUAAAUACGGUAUUUCUGUUUUCUAUUUUUAAUACAUUUGCUAAGAAAUUUUAAAAACUUGUUUUCGCUUUGACAUUACGGGGUACUGUGUGUAGAUUGAGGAGGGAAAAAAUAUUUUAUCAAUUUUAGAAUAAGGCUAUAACGUAACAAAAUGUGGAAAAAGUCAAGGGGUCUGAAUACUUUCCGAAUGCACUGUAUACUUCAUAACUCGUUUCUUUCUAUUUUCUGAACUGUCUAUUGUUCUUUAAGUAUAUUGAGACAUGAAUUUGUUAAAUUUCACUGUCAAUAAAAGUUGAUUUUUUUUUUUUCUUUGUUAUCAGUAUGAUCUUACUGCUACAGAAGUUCCAUCUGGAUGUUCAUGAUGUCAUCGUUAUGACAGACAGUGAGAAACCACCUCAAGUCAAAAAGUAGGUUUAGAAAUCACUCAAACACAGUAACACUUUAUCACGUUCGUUGAGAGACGGGUCAGACCAAGGUGCAGCGUGGUAUGCGUACAUGUUUAUUAGAACAAAUAAACACUCGACAAAACAACAAAAGCAACGUAACGUGAAGCUCACAAAGGCUACACACAAACAAGCCAAACCAGAGUCAAGAUCCCACAACUAAGGUAGGCAACCAGGCUACCUAAGUAUGAUCCCCAAUCAGAGACAACGAGCGACAGCUGCCUCUGAUUGGGAAUCACACCCGGCCAAACCUAGACAUACACAUACUAGAUCUCCAACAUAGAAUAUAAUCACAUAGAUCUCAAACUGAAACUCACACCCUGAACCAACCAAAAAGAGUUCUCAAGGUCAGGGCGUGACACACUUACACACAAAUGUGUCUGUGCAGACACACACAUUCAUAUAAAGUGACCCACCACCUGGAUUCCGUCCUAUGUAGCAUCAUUUGAAAUAGGAUGAAAGUAGAGACAGAGCUAGACAAUUGUAUAUCAUACACUGCAGUUGAGGAACAAUGGGAAAAUAAUCCUGCUUUGAAAGUUGAUAAACUUGUAAACCCACUUGAAUGUUUUGGUACACCUACUGGAGAGCUCUUCUUUGUCUACACCCAUUCAGCAUUGUUCACACCCUCUUAAGCCUUAGCCCCACCCAUCUCUUUAAGGAUUCACAUGUGAGGCCAUGUGCUAAACAGAGUGAGUAGUGUAGUAAACAACCAAAGAUGUCAAGACUAAAGGUUGUAAAAGUAGUUGUCUACAAUAAGGAAAAACUCCUGGUAAAAAUACACUUUAUCUAGUCCUUGGCCUGAUCUGACUUUGGUGCAGGUCAUGUUGCUCUUCACUUUACCAUCUCUGGUAAACACACACACUAUAUCAAAUAAAAGCUAUUUUUAUUUGUCACAUGGACAGGAUACAGAAGGUGACGCUUACCCAGACACACUUGUCUAAAUUGAUGGCUCAUGUGAAAUAAAUGGUAUACCACCCCUAAGCCAAAUCUAGUCCUUGUACAUAGAUGAGCUUUAUCACCCCUAGACACACCUGGCUAACUUGAUGGGUAAUGUAAUAAUCUGUCGAAGUGGAGUCUUUUGUUUAUACAUGUAGCUAGAUAGCUAGCUAAACAAUGAACCGGCAUACUGUAAUCCCGACUCAUACUACUACCAAUACAAACGGAUUGUCAUAGCUGUAGUAUGAAUCUUCAGGUAGUUAAAGCUAACCAACUAGGUUCAAUGUUAGCUAGCUAGCAUUGGGCUAUAACUAUCAAUGCAAAUCGAUUUCUGAUUAGAAUAAUAUUACUACACAGAUCAUACACAUAACGCUAGCUAGUGAGCCAACAAGCUAACGUUUGCUAGCUAGAUAACAGUACACUUGAACUUGCAAUGAAAACGACUGUCUGACUAAAUAAUAAACGCUCACGUUAUAGACAAAAGCAUGCUACAUGGCAGACCAAUCCAAACUCAUCUCCUGGCAUGUCCAGCCCAUCCAUUAUCUCAGCCAAUGAUGGCUAGCGGCAAGGUUCCUGUCUUUUUCUGUGGCUAAACCAACCAGGCUCGUAAUUUAACAAUUGUAUUUGUAUUUACAGAUGGAAUAGAGGUUUGUUAUUAAGGCACAUGAAAGCUCACAUGUUCCAGAAGGCAUUUCUCCCAAAAAACACAUUUUGAUAAAAUAAAAAAAUAAAAAACAUUAAAAUGCCUCUCCUGUGAAAUAGUGACAUACGCCUAGCUUCCUGAAACGGGUCACAUAUGCACACACACUGUCCCUAGACCAUAAUUGCUAUUACUUCUACUAUAGCUGCUAUGUCCUUAGCCCAUGAGAGCAGAGGAGAAAUUAAAAUUAACCAUUUUGAUUGAGAGUUACUGGUGGUGUCUUCUAUGUUCUAUGUUCAGUCUCAGGAAAUUUGAAGACACUGUCGCCCCCUUCAGGCUAAGAGAUGAACAGCAGGGAAGGACAGCCCCUGGAAGAUAUCUGACAAUGAACUGAAGGCCCUCAGACAGAAGGUGUGUGUGUGUGUGUAUUUUUCUUUCAUUCAUUCUUUCUUACUCUUACCAUUUCCCCCUCUUCUCCUCCCACAGUCUGAGCGGAAGGUGAGUCUGAAUGAGAUCAUCUGCAGGAACUCACAACAUGCUGCUCUGGUCUUAGUGUGAGUAUAUACCUUAUCAUUCUCACUGUCAGGCACCAGGCCCUAUUCAGUCCAAGUCAUUAUGAGAUGAUUAUAAGGCAUUAUAAGGGAGUCGUACUCAUGACAGUUCUUACAAUGCAUUAUAACUGCAUCAUAAUGCAUCGUACCUACAUGCUUUAAGUAAAUUAUGUCAUUGUUUAUAAUAGUUAUGACCACCCAUUAUGUUAUAAUGUCUCAUGUUGCUGUUAUGAAAGCUUUAUGAAUGUAUACAUAAGGGGGCCUGUAGUAAAGUGUUAUCUUUACGUAUUUGUACUGUAUAGGAGCCUGCCAGCGCCCCAGUCAGGCUGCCUUAGUGCACUCUACAUGGCUUGGUUGGAUAGCCUUACCUGUGGUCUUCACUGUCCCACUGUCCUCAUACGAGGCAACCAGCAAAAUGUUCUCACCUUCUACUGCUUGUAACUAACCAUCCACUGAGGCAGCUUUUUCUCAAACCUCUCCUCGGAGACCACCAGCCAGCCGUUUCAUGUAUUUGAACUAUAUUUCAGAGUUAGGACACCUGAUUCCACUUGUCAACUAAUCAUUAAGCUUUGGGCUAUAGACAUAGGAUCUUAAUUUGCGCCAGUUUGCUACAGCAGGAAAAUAAUCCUGCAGCAACAGGAAAUGUGAAUUAUUAUGUGGAUUAUAAUUAAUGGACAUUUUUACUUGCAAGAGUACAUGGCACUCUUGCAGGUAACAUUAAAUAAUCAUUACAGUAGAUCAUCUACUUAGAAUAAAUAUAUACUUAUACUUAUAAAAUAAUUCUCAAAUGUACUCUUAAUUAUGUUUUGCAUGCUGUGUCAUGUCAGAAUAUGAGUGUCCCCAAGGGCCAAAAUAUGAGCUUUGUUUCCAUACCAACAGCAUGGUGUUGUUUCUCUCUUACAGGACACUGUUCAUCCACAUCAUGCCUUCCUAAUAACCAGGAUCACUUUGUGAAUUUGAAUAAGAUCUGGACUGAAGCACAGAGCUACUGCAGAGACAAGUACACUGACCUGGCCACCGUAGACAACAUUGAGGAUAUGAACAGGUUCAUCAACACUGUAGACGGUGAUACUGGACGAGCCUGGAUAGGCCUAGAGAAGGGAGAUAGUAAGACAUGGCAUUGGUCUCUAGCAGAUAGAGAGUUUAGUAAGAAGGAGUCUUACUGGGAUAACAGAGAACCAAAUGAUCAGGAAGGGGAGGAGGACUGUGUGUUGAUGGAAGACACUGGUACAUGGGCCGAUGACACACAGUGAAAAAUGUCACUUUAUCUGCUAUGAUGGUAAGCCCUUAAUCAGACAAUAAUAAACACUGUAUAUUGUCAAAUAUUCUACCGAUAUCUGUUGGUCAGACAUAUACACUAGUAAAUCUGGGAACUAUGAUACUGUAGUAAUAGAAAUUGCAAUAUAUUUGUAGGGCGACCCAGCCUCCGAAGUGACUCUUAUCAACUGCAUGCAAGGAUUCCUGUGUGUUGUCUUAGGAACGCUGCAUUAUCUCGCCAACCCCCAUACAGUCUCACCUAUGAGAAGCAGAGGUUCUGUUGUCAUUACCUCGUGUAGGUCUAAUAUCUGAUUGGAGGUUAACUUUACAGUAAUACUAUUGGUCAACAACUCAGAGUUUGAUACUUAUAAAAGGGUCUUAGAUUCAUUGUUCUUUCUCUUUUUUCUUCCUGACCUGCGCUGGUGAGAUGCCUACAAUCUCCCCCUCUCUCUCUCCCUCUCCCAUGAGCUAUGGGCCAUGGUUCAAGCCAUGAAUUAUUUGUCUCUCACUCUCCCUCUCUGACCAUGCUUAGAAUAAUGCCUUGUAAUGCUUGUUAAUGCUUUGCAACUUCAGUUUAUGCCUUGUAUGUGAAUUCAUUCAUUUUACAAAGUAAUUAAAUAUACUUGUAUUCAGAAUUCCAUUCUCAGACCUUUCUUGAUUGCCUAUUAAUGUAACUAAACUAUAGUCUCUUUGCAUAUUCCUAUUUAUUUUACGGCAUCAGAUAAACAUUUGAAUAGGCUAAUUGCAUAGUCUAAUUGUUGGUCAGAACAGCCUCAAUUUAUCGGGGCACGGACUCUACAACGUGUCGAAAGCGUUCCUCUGUCAUGAGGUGACGUCGAAGGAGUCAGGCGCAGGAGGGUAAAUCACAGAAUAACAGGCUUUAUUCCGCAAAUACAGAGUAAAGCAGUAAAUCCACAAGGUACUGAAUGCCACCCCACCCGACGCCUCGAAUUCAGGAUGGAAUGGACAGAGUACGCCGGGGCCCCCUCGAUGUCCAGAGGGGGCGAAGGAACCUCCCACACCUCAGACUCCUGGAGCGGACCAGCCACCACCGGCCUGAGGAGAGACACAUGGAACGAGGGGUUAAUACGAUCAUCUGGCGGGAGUAAUAACCUAUAGGUAACCUCAUCCACCGCAGGAGCUUCGGUCUGGCUCUGAUGCCAUGGCGCCAGAACCGGCUGAUAAUCCAAAACACAUUGAAAGGGCGAUAGGUUAGUGGAGGAGUGGCGGAGAGAGUUCUGGGCAUAUUCACCCGUACCACCUGCCCAUUACUCUCGGGGUAAAACCCAGAGGUCAGGCUGACCGAGAUCCCCAGACGAUCCAUGAACGCCUUCCCUGGAUGUAAACUGGGGACCCCGGUCAGAGACUAUGUCCUUUGGCACCCCGUAGUGCCGGAAGACGUGAGUAAACAGGGCCUCCACAGUCUGCAGGGCCGUGGGAAGACCGGGCAGAGGAAGGAGGCGGCAGGUUUUUGAAAAGCGGUCCACAACGACCAGGAUGGUGGUGUUACCCUGAGAGAGGGGAAGAUCAGUGAGGAAGUCAAUACACAGGUGGGACCAUGGCUGUUGUGGAACUGGUAAGUGCUGUAACUUACCCGCUGGGAGGUGCCUAGGUGCCUUACUCUGGGCGCACACCGAGCAGGAGGAGACAUACACCCUCAUGUCCUUAGCCAAGGUAGGCCACCAGUACUUUUCGGUCAGGCAGAGCACUGUACGACCGAUACCUGGAUGAGCAGAGGAGGGUGACGUGUGGGCCCAAUAGAUCAGAUGGUCACGGACAAGAGACGGCAUGUGCUGCAGCCCAGCUGGGCACUGAGGUGGAGAUGGCUCUGUGCGUAACGCCCGCUCUAUGUCUGCUCUACUACCGGCGCCACAAUGCUGGAGGCCGGGAGUAUGGGGGUGUUGUCUAUGGGCCUCUCCUCUGCGUCGUACAGCCGAGCCAGUGCGUCUGCCUUCACGUUCUUCGUACCCGGGAUGUAAGAUAGUGUAAAAUCAAACAGGGUGAAGAAUAGGGCCCACCUGGCCUGGCGAGGUGAACAGAACCCUCAGGUUACUGUUGGCCCUGUCUGCCUCAGCAGACCAGCGGAGCCGGGACGGCCCACCCUUCAACAGAGAUGUGAUGGGAGCUGCGACCUUGCCAAUGCCCCGGAUAAACCUCCGAUAGUAGUUGGCAAAGCCAAUAAAGCGCUGCACCUCCUUAACCGUGGUUGGAGUCGGCCAAUUACUUCCGGCUGAAAUGCGAUCUCCCUCCAUCUCCACACCUGAGGUGGUAAUGCGCUAUCCGAGGAAGGAUACGGACUGUUGGAAAAACAGACACUUUUCUGCCUUGGCAUAAAGGUAAUGUUCUACCAGUCAGGCCAGCACUUUCGAACCAGGGACACUUGCUCGGCGCGCGUAGCGGAAUACAGCAGAAUGUCAUCGAUGUAGACCACUACACCACGACCAAGCAUGUCCCAAAACUCCUCGUUCACAAAGGACUGGAAGACGGAUGGAGCAUUCAUCAAACCGUAAGGCAUCACGAGGUAUUCGUAAUGCCCUGUGGUUGUGCUGAAUGCUUUCUUCCACUCGCCCCCCUCUCGGACACGCACCAGGUUGUACGCGCUCCGGAGAUCUAAUUUUGUGAAGGAGCGCAACCCAUACAUUAACGGGCAGGCCUCUCCCAGGACGUCCUCUAGCAGCCAGCAGGUUGUCCAACCGGAUGGCCAUGUCCACCAGUUGGUUGAAGGACAACGUGGUGUCCCAGCAGGCUAGCUCCCUUUGGACAUCCUCUCGUAGAUGACACCGGAAGUGGUCGAUGAGUGCCCGCUCUUUCCACCCGGACCCAGCCUCUAGAGUCCAAAACUCCAGGGCGAAGUCCUGCGCGGUCCUCGUCCCCCGCCUCAGGUGGACCAGCCGCUCGCCCGCCUCUCUACCUUCGGGCGGGUGAUCGAAGACGGCCCGAAAGAGGCGAGCCAACUCCCCGUAGUUGUCCAACGCGUGGCUCCUCCUUCACUCCAGACCGUGUUGGCCCACUCCAGGGCUUUGCCCGAGAGGCAGGAGACGAGAGCAGACACCUUCUACCGCUCCGAUGGAGCCGGGCUGAUGUUCGAUAGGUAUAUCUCCAGUUGUAGGAUGGCAGCUGUCCCAUCGAAAUCCCAUGGUCGGGAUAUAAAAAUAUAAGAUAUAGUAUAAUUUACACAUAAUUAUUUCAAUUGAUAUUGAAUUUGGCCAUCAGUGUCCCUUAAAAAUAAUUCGGAACAUAAUGUCUAUGUGUGUUAUUGCAGCUGGGUUUGCACUUUAGCUACAUCUCUAAAUGUCCUCUGAGUUCCAAUAUGACAAAUUCAUCCUCUCUCCACAUAAGCUGAUCCUGGUCCGUGAGAAAAAUACUUGGAACGAUGCUUUGGACUACUGCAGAGAGCACCACGAUGACCUGGUGUCUGUCCACUCCCAUGUACGUAUGUACAAUACUUUACACAUGAAUGUUGUAUAUAGUUUCUUUUUGGGUGCAUAAUUUUUUUUAUUGUACUAUAUGUUGAGCACUUUAUCUGAGUGCGCUAUCAUGCUGUAGCCUCAUUCGACCAUCCUGAUCUCAUAAGUUUCCAUUCUGAAACAGAGCUGUGGUCAGGAUGGUGGAUCAGGCUUAUCAUACUGUACCAAAAAAAAAUACAACCAACCUUUGGUUGUGUGGCAGUAAACUAAUCUGAAUCUGAAGGAGAUUCAGAGCUGGGUGGCAGCCAGGGCCAACAGAGCCUCCACUUCUCAUGUGUGGCUGGAACUGCGCCACACCUGCACCCUGGACUUCUGGUUCUGGGUCAGUGGAGAGGGCACAUGCUACCAAAACUGGGCUUCAGGACAGGGGUUCCGCGCGGAGAACUGUGGGAGAACCGGAGCGGUGGAGAGAGGAGGAGGUCACCAUUGGGUCAGCCGGCCUGAGACAGAGAAACUAAAUUUCAUCUGCACGAAGUGA